CCUUGGGUAAGGUGUUAGCAGCUCGCGCCUCUCGUUACUCAAUCGCAAAUACGUCUAUAGCCUCGUUUUCUCUCCCAUCUUUAGAGAAACAUCAUGGCUUUCCUCAUUCUCGUCAUAGGAGACCUCCAUAUCCCGGAUCGGGCGCUUGACAUUCCCGCCAAGUUCAAGAAGCUCCUCUCUCCCGGAAAGAUCAGCCAGACGCUUUGCCUCGGAAACUUGACCGAUAAGCACACGUACGAGUACUUGCGAUCUGUCUCCCCCGAUCUGAAGAUCGUGAAAGGCCGUUAUGACGUCGAGGCCACUUCCCUGCCAUUGACGCAGGUCGUCACCCACGGAAGCCUUCGAAUUGGAUUUCUAGAGGGUUUUACACUUGUCUCUAAUGAGCCUGACCUUCUUCUGGCUGAGGCGAACAAAUUGGAUGUGGAUGUUCUGUGCUGGGGUGGUACUCACCGCUUUGAUGCCUUCGAGUAUAUGGAUAAGUUCUUUGUAAAUCCCGGAAGUGCGACUGGCGCCUUUAUAGAGGGAUCAGGUCUGGAGAGCGAAGAGCCAACACCAAGCUUCUGUUUGAUGGAUGUCCAAGGCAUUUCACUCACCCUGUACGUCUACCAAUUACGAAAGGACGACAAGGGCAAUGAGAACGUGGCGGUUGAGAAGGUUACAUACACAAAACCAGUUGAACCUUCAGCGGGAGGAUCAUCAUGAAAUUCAUAUAGAUAGGGGGAGUUUACAUUCAGCGACGUAUUCAAGAUCAGCAGCAGAAUUUAUACCCAGUCACACUCUGAAAGACCACAAGAUGGGACUUUCAUAUCCAACAAAGCAUCAAUUGGCAAGACGAACUGCCGAAUGUUGACCAAUUGGGUCUUGUGUGUGUGUCCAAUAAAGACAUUAAAACUGUAAAUACAAAUAUUGACAAAAAUAAACA